GUGGAGGUGCAGGCUCAUCUAUAGCCUAUCUACACUAAGAGUGAGAGAGAGAGAGAAUGAGAGAGAGAGAUAGACAGAGCAAGAAAGAACAAUAAAGUGAGAGGAUCCAACAGCAGUAACAGCACAUGUGGAUCUAGACCUCCAGUGGUCAUCUGGUUGUACUCCAUCAGUAACAGCACAUGUGGAUCUAGACCUCCAGUGGUCAUCUGUUUGUGCUCUGUGUCUCUGCUGGCCUGCUGGUCAUCAUGGACGUUGUGAGUGCUGCUGCUGCUCCAGUGCUGUGGCUACUUCUCUCUCUUCUCUGCCAGAGCACCGCUGGUCAGGAUGAGGCCAUGUGCGACCCUGAGGUUCUGGUCAGAAGGAACACUGUCCUGAGAACAGCCCCGAUGAAACCCCUGACACUGAACUGCACCAUCAGAUGGCAGAACUGUGACACAGAGCCCACAGUCACCUGGUGUAAACUCACCGAUAUCAACUGUGUACAACUGGACUCAACACAGAAACAUCACAUGUCCAUCUACCAGGAGAGAACACCGGGAGGGGAAAAUGAACUGAUCUCUCGUCUGAAAUUCCACCACGUGACCAAACAUGAUAAUGGUCUAUAUCGCUGUAAAAUAUCUCAAUCUGUAAUCAGCCAUGCCAUCAACAUAUCUGUGUCAGAAACCCCACAUACUACCACAGGGAGUCCACCCAUCAGGACUGAUCCGGACUGGCUGAUCUAUGUGUGUGUCUGCACUGCCUGUGCAGUGGCCAUUCUCAUCAUCAUCAUCAUCUGCUUCUGCACACUCAGAGGUGGACAUCACUUCACAGGACACUGUCUCUGCACUGAGUUACUACGAAGCCAGUCUGGUCAGGUCAUCUGAUCCAGACCAUCCAAUGGAUGAUGGACCAGUUAGUUAGACAUGACUUCUACAGCCACGAUCAAUAUACAUUCUUUCAUUCAUGACUGUUAUAGCCAUGAUGAAUAUACAUACGGUAGAUGAAACUAUAUGGCCAUAAUGUUGUGCGUGGCGGAGCUGAAGUAACGUCACAGACUCACAAUCGGUUGACCCAUGUUCGUGAAGUUGUGAAGCCAUGUCCCUUUGGAUACAAUCAUCUUCUAAAUUUCAGACAACAUGUAACUUUAACUUUAACCUGCUUGGAUGGAUUUUACCCAGCAUGGUGUCAUCAUUAGACAUCAUGAACCACAGUGUCUUGGACUCCGGCAUUUGCACAAUUGUUAUGUUUGUAAUUGUUUUUCUAAGCCUGAUUACAUAAUGUUACACAUCUAUAUUUCUUAAGCUAAAUGACUGCAGUUUCCUAUUUUAUUGGUGACAUUUUGUAUGAUUUAAUAAAAACAGUUUAAAAUCUU